CUUUUUAAGACCUGGCCCACUUUCUUCAUUGUGUAUCAUAAUUUUUAAAGUUAUAUUUUUCGUAUAUGUUCUACUUUUUCAGUAUCCUUCAUUGUUAAUAACCAUUUUUCCCAGUCAUGGCGUUUUUAAGACAUCGUUGAAUAUAAACAUUGUUUGGUCGAUAAAGACAGGUGCAAUGCUGCAUUCCUCGUUGGUUGUGUAGUCAGGGUUACUCGGACAACAGUAUACCAUCGUCACUGACUAAGUUUUUGUAUAUGAACUUGCAGAUACCUACCGAAUCGCAGUAUUAACCAACUUGAGUUCAACCUGUCAACACCAUGGAUGAUCAAACGGUUGACAAAAUCUUCGCUGGUUCUCUGGGCACUCUGCCCCCAGUCAGUUCUAAAAUUGUUCGUAUCUUUACAAGUUCGACCUUCACAGACACUUCGAUGGAAAGAAACACGUUGAUGGCCACCGUUUACCCCAAAUUAAAAGAGUACUGCCGAGAAAAACACGGAUUGGAGUUUCAAGUCGUCGACAUGAGAUGGGGUGUUCGAGACGAAGCUACCGACGAUCACAUGACCACAGAGCUUUGCAUGAAAGAAAUUGACAAUUGUCAACGAUUAUCCAUGGGCCCCAACUUUGUGGUUUUCCUUGGUCAAAAAUACGGCUAUCGCCCCAUUCCGACAUAUAUUUUAGCUUCGGAGUUGGCCCAAUUUCGCGAAAUUCUUUUAACUAUGGGUCAAGAAGUCAUUUUGCUCGACACCUGGUAUAAAAAAGACUCUAAUGCCGUCCCGCCCAUUUGCAUUCUUCAGCCCAUUUCGUCCAUUCUAGUCAACUUUAACAAUAAAAGGGUACCGAAAUUGCAACAAGAAGAUCAGGCCAAAUGGUGGGAUACUCUGGAUAGGAUGCAGAAAUUGCUGCGAAAAGCAGCUACUACGCUUUACGCUCAAGGCCAACUCGAUUUCGACUCGAUGCACAAUUACCUGAUGUCAGUCACGGAAAGAGAGGUUAUUAAUGGAUUGUUGAAAGUGCGUAAUACCAAGAAUCACGUUUUGGCUUACGUUCGCUACAUAAACAACAUUAAUCUUCAAAAUUUGAGGAGAGCAGGUCUAUUUAUUGACAUUGCUAACAGAGCGUUGGAUGCAGAAGCCGUCCGAUUGUUAGCCAACCUGCGCGACGAAAGGUUACCUGCCAAAAUCGAGCCAUCCAAUCUAAUGAGAUAUACCGUUGAAUGGAUCGGUCGUGAUGGCUUGGGAAAUGACACCCACGACGAAUAUUUGCAAAAUUUCAUUUCGCAUUUUUACCGAAAUAUUGCCCGAUUGGUUGACAGAGCUAUGCGAAAAGAAGAUUCUAGUCCUCAAGGCCAGAUUGUCACGGAAAUUCUCCAACAUCUUCACGCGUGCAAUAAUUCCGUGAAAGUGUUUUAUGGACGCGAGAAUGAUUUGGAAAAAGUUCGCCGUUACAUCUUGGGCCCUUCCAUUCAACCUCUGACUCUUUUUGGAGCCGGCGGUUGUGGCAAAACAUCAUUACUGGCCAAAUCGGCUAGUUUGAUUGUCACCUGGUUAAGUGAAUCAAUUGAAAAUGGAAAUGGUGGAACCGAUGGUGGAUCUAACCCCCCUCCUGAUACUCGACGACGUGGAAGUCAUAUUAAUGGACAAGGGGAAGGCCAGGCUAAUAGAAGAGGUGGAGAUACAGAUCGUAGCGAGAGCAGUAAAGCUGAUAGUCACAACGAUAUUGGUACCACCUGGAAGGAAGAAGUAGUGUCUUGUACGGAUUCCGGAAGAACGAGCCCAUUACAAGGUACAACUCCUGGAACGCAAAGCCGGAGGAGUAGCCGAACGAGUGCUACUUUAUCACGACAAGAAUCAGAAGAUUUAGCCAGUAGCAAUAGCAGCCGUCGUCAAAGUUCCAGUGGCGUUUUUAGUCCAGUGUCGACCGUAACUGACGGUCGAAGUAGUCACAGAGGUUCCAUUGCUCUUAGUACUCCUAUACAAGAACAUAUAGAUCCAGAUCCAGCAAGUCCGACAGUGAACAAAAUUAAUAAGCCGAUCAAGCCCGUCCUGAUUAUGCGCUAUCUUGGAACAACACCUGAUUCCAGUGCUAUCACGCCAAUGUUGAUUUCUCUUUGUCAGCAAAUUUCUUAUAACUACAUGGUUCCUUUUGAUGCCAUUCCGGAUGAUUUGGUGCCAUUGACAGCGUAUUUCAAACAACUGUUGGCUUUAGCUACUAGGGAACAACCUCUUCUAGUUUUCCUGGACUCUGUAGAUCAAAUCGGUGGAGCUCAGGAUGCUAAUAAAAUGGCUUGGCUUCCUACGCGGUUACCUCCCCACUGCAAAAUUGUAGUUUCUUGCGUCUACGAGCCUGAAAAUCCGGACAUUUCAAAAGACUAUCAGACUCUACGUCGAAUGAUUGACGACGAUAACAAUUUCAUUCACGUUUUGGCUCUGGGUGAAGAGUUGGCAUCGCAAGUCAUACGACACUGGAUGAGAAACAGUCAUCGAGAUCUGACAAAUUAUCAAUGGCGAGUCGUAUCGAACGCUAUUGCUCGCUGUUCUUUGCCGAUUUUUGUUAAAUUGGUCUUUGCGGAGAUAUGCAGAUGGAAAUCGUAUUCACGUGCGCAGGAAACACACCUGGCCUCUAAUGUUAUGGACAGCAUUAUGAUGUUGUUUGAACGAAUCGAAAUUCAGCAUGGACGGAUUCUCGUGUUCCAUGCGUUAGCCUAUAUCACAGCAUCAAAGAGUGGACUCUCUGAAACGGAAUUAGAAGAUUUACUUUCACUGGAUGAUCGUGUCCUUGACGACGUAUACCAGUAUCACAUGCCACCUGUGCGAAGAAUCCCACCAUUACUCUGGACGCGUAUUCGUAACGAUCUGCCCAAUUAUUUAUCUGAACGAGAGGCCGAUGGGGUCUCAGUACUCAAUUGGUACCACAGACAAUUUAAAGAGGCAGCAAAGGAACGUUAUUUCAAGAAUCAGAACUUGGCAAAUUAUUUUCACUCUUCUAUUGCUGAAUAUUUCAUGGGCACGUGGGGUGGCGGCAAUCCUAAGCCUUUCAAAUAUACCGAAAUUCAGCGAAUGCGAUUCAAUUUAACGGAAAAAGAAGGAGAAGCUGAUCGUAAAGUGCCACUUCAACCGCUGGUGUUUGUUGGUAAAGACGGCAAAGUGUCUCGCUACAAUUUGCGCAAGUUCGGAGAGUUACCGUACCAUUUAGUUCGUGCUAGGCGUCUAGACGAUCUUUUCCAUAAUGUCUUGUUUCAUUACCAGUGGCUCCAUGCCAAAUUAUCGUCCUGUCCACUACAGGCCGUCCUUUCCGAUUUUGAAGAUACGUGCAAUAAUUUGGAGGAUCGUGACAUAUCCAGAGAGACUGUCCGCCUAACUACGAGGGAAUUGAUGCUUGUAGCCGAUGCUCUGCGUCUUGGAGGAGCCAUUUUAACGCAAUACCCUGACCUGCUGGCCUCGCAACUCAUCGGACGUUUGCUGCCUGAAGCUGGAGCCAAUUUGAAUGUCCGUCGGCUUCUGGAACAGUGCGAUAAAGAAGGAAUCAAUCAUUGCGCCCUAAUGCCCACAGCCCACUGCCUUCACACACCUGGAGGACCUUUAAAGUAUUCAUUGGAAGGACAUCAAUUUGCCGUGUUUGGUGUGUGCCUGACAUCCGAUGCCCGCUUCGUUGUUUCCGUCUCCAACAAAUUUCUCAUUUGGGAUUUAUCGACUUCAGAUUUAACUCGGGCUGUCAAUCCAGGCAUCGAAGGUGUGUUCCAGGGUCUGAUACUCAGUCCAGACGAUCGCUUUGCCGCUGCCUGGACAAACAACAGUCAGACCAUCUUAUUGAACUUGUUAACUAGCGAGCAGAUCGUAAUUAACAAUCCACUUCAAGAAGAUGAGACUGUUAGAGGCGCUUGUUUGCUCGAUACUCAUUGCGUUUUGUACGGGCAAAGUCAGUGGGUUUUGCUGACUAUGCAAGGCGUUGCUGUGGAGAUCCGCCGUGAGAGAUACAAAGAUCCGCAAUUCCAGUUACUCGCAAUGGAUUUUGAGUCGCAUGGAAAUUAUCACGUCACCUUUUGGACGGGUGAUUUGGAUGAUAAGCGUUUGAUAAUGCAAACUGUGAACGAUGGUCGUCGGACGAGCCCUCUUGAACUUCAUAGUGCUAUGGUAAUGAACCGGAAGCGUGAUAUCGUUUACGCCUGUGCCGAUCUGAAUAGUUCAAGCGUUUCCGUCUUCAAACUCAAUGGGGACCAAGUGGCCGGAAAUAAUAGGAAAGGUCGUAACUGCGAUGUUCCAACCGGAUUGGAACCGGGCCAACGCGAAUGGACCAAGGGCAACGUCCUCGAUGGCGAUGACUUUCUUCUCCAGUUGAGUUUAAGCGAAACUGAGAAUCAUGUGCUGGGCACAACGGCGUUGGGUUUCUGCAUCUGGGCCGCUGCUGAUUUUGAAAAAACGACACCGAACGCCAAACGAAUAGAUUUAAAGCUGCCCACUGGAGUCCGCAAUAUUUCCGUCAGCCUAUUACAGUCCAACAGCAUCAUCUUGAGCAAGAACGAUGAAUUCGCCGUGGCCGGCGUUAGGAAGAAUCUUUACGUUUGGAAAAUUCCCAGUGGGCAACUGGUCAAAGUAUUGGACGCCCACUUUGGAAGAAUAUUGGCCAUCGUUCCGUAUACAACUGGUCAAUGGAAUUCGGUCAUUACGUCUUCGAUCGACCGAAGCGUCAAAGUCUGGAAUUUGAACAACGUGUUUGAACAGGUCCACGUCAUUGACCGUCACGAACUGCAAAUAGAUUCCAUUAGUUUGUGCCAAACAACUGGAGUGGCUGUGACGGUGACACGUGGCUGUGUUGGUGUGUGGCACAUUUUAACAGGCAAACUGAUGGACAAAUUAGCGUACAACGCCCUGGGAGCUAUCGUCACGCACGCGCUAAUCACGAAAGAUGGCAGACAUAUUCUCGCUGCCGAGUCUGGCAGCAUCAUCAUUUGGGAAUGGCCCAAUCGUCGCGCAUUCUUCAGAGCUGAACAACCGUCCAUCAAACAGAUUAUGCUAAUGGAUGAAGAUACGAGAUUCUUAACAGCGUCUCGUUUAGGACCACCUAACGAAGGAAAAGCUGUUGUAGUAGUCAGGGAUUGCCCUAACGGAGUAGCUUUGUACGAAGUGGAAAUUCCGAUGCGCACAUUCCGUCCGGCGGUUCUGACUAACGAUGGCCUUAUGUUGGUUAUGCUGGGGCACGAGAAGAAUCGCGAUUAUCUCUACGUCUUCCAAUCCCAGACGGGCGUUCUUAUCCACAAGUUCAUUCCACGUUAUCAAGGUGCUAAGAAAGAUCAAGCUGGUCAGUUGAUCCCAGUUCCGGGCAAAGCUACUCAAGUCGCUCUUAUGGAUCAAGAUAAAGGGGUCGUAUUCGAUGUUCGUACCAAGAAACAUAUCCGCACUAUCCGUCGAUGGAGUGGCCAAGUUACCAAAGACGGACGCCUAGGGCUUUACGCUCCUUCGCGAGGCGGACUUGAAUUGAUUGAAUUGCGAUCAAGUUCGACUGUUUCGCAAUUGAUUUCUCGUUCAGCGGAAGGUGUAUUCACCAACGUGACAAGUUUUAACGCCACAGAUCAAUAUGUUCUCUAUUACCAUAGUGGACAUAAGACCUUACGCGUUUUCAGAGUCCUUGAUGGACAAAUGUUGGCCAAUUAUCGAUUGGCAGCUGAGUUAACAGCUAUAGAAACAACAACGGAUGGCCGUUGUGUCGUGAUCGGCACGCUGGAUGGUUGUCUGUCCGUCCUUGCCAUCGCAGAUCCAACCGUUCCUGGAUCGUUUCAAUUCCUUGCGUCGUUGCCCUCACGUACUCGACAAACGCGCAUCCCAUCAGCGAUUAGUGGUGAAUCGAGUAAUCGUCACGAUCGCGACGGACAAGAUGCUAAUAAGAAAGCAAGGAAAAAUGAACGAGAAGGAGGUGGAUCACAUAUAACCCUCAAAGCAGCCGCAACUGUAGCGGCUUCGUGGGCCAAAGUAACUCAAACGAAUAAAACAGGUACUGUCCAGAGCGUGACGUCCAAGGCUUGUGUCCUUUCUUAAACGUUUAUUUGUUAUACACUUUAAAAACUUUAAAUUGCACGGUUAAAUUUGAUUGUCUUUAAUGCUGAUGUCCUAUCUGUAAAGGAUAACCUCAAACUAACUUGAAUAUAACUUUCUCUUUCAA